AUGAGGUAUCUCAGAGCUCUGGUUAACAAUACCGUGCAAAGUCCAAUAACAUCAACGACCGCCUAUUCUUAUCACCGUGAUUCUAUUUAUGAUGACGAUAAUAGUGAUAUUAUUUUGCCGGUUUUAGUUGGUGCCUUUGUUGCUUUAGCACUCGGUUGGAUGAUACUUCGAUAUACGUGCUCAUCGAAGGAACAAUCACCGCACAACGUGAGAUGUUGUCCAGAAUCGUUAUGGUCAAAUAUCCGAUCAGUUACACAAAUAUUACAACAUAACCCAAGGGACAGAGAUCUUUUGAGGUAUAACACAGACGAAAAGCCUUCAGCUGAUGAAAGAACGGCAAGAAAAUCAAGAUCAUCAGAUUAUAGUUUGUCAGAAAUAUCUGGAGCACACGUAACUUAUUCACCAACUCUCGUGCAAUUCUCGUCCAUUCAAAGACUAAGCAACAAUCAUGCUGUUCGUAUUCAUUUGACACCAGAUCCAACUCCUACACGUCAUCCUUUAAGACGUGAAUCAGUAAUGAAUAAUGACCGUCGAGAUUCACGUCGCGAAUCAAUGUGGCCAUUCAAAACAAAUUUUAAUUUUCAUCGUCAAACGAGUAAACAGAAAGAUCAUACAUUUUUUCAUGGUUGA